AUGGCGCCACAACUAAACGUGGCAGAUAAGCAGGAAUCGGUGCGUACACCCGAACUGCUCAGGAGCGUUGGAAAUGUUCGACUGGAGCUCCGUGGAGACGCGGAUAAAAGUCAAACUUUGGAAAAUUCAAAGAGCAUUCGGCCAAAUUUAAAAGUUAAGCUGAGUCAGAUCAGACACUGCUCUAUAAAAGAUAUCAAGCUGGACAGCGGUCCUGACGACCGGGCCACCAGAAUUGGCAUGGGGGACUUCGGCACUGUCUUUAGGGCGACCCACGUCCCCAGCGGAGACCGCGUGGCCGUCAAAUUCUUCAAGAGAGACGAGAACACCCGACGGGAUAUUCUCGUGGAAGCACGUGUCCUGGAGUAUCUGAACGGGGCGAAAUUGUCUCCGAAGUUCUACGGAGUGGUGAACUACGGGGAGGCCGCAGUUGCCGAGACUGAGUUCUCGCCGCUGGCCGUGGUUACGGAGUUUGUGAGCAUUCGGCAAAAGAGUCGCCUCUCGUUCCACUAUGAAGAGUUCAGAAAAUUCCGCAGCACCCGCCGCCAUUUGACCGCCACUGACUGGCUUAGGUUUGGGAUGGAGCUGGCAGAAGGUUUGCAGGAAAUACAUGAGAUGGGAAUUGGCAUUUUCGAUAUAAAGCACGAAAAUAUCAUGGUGCAGCGUGACAGCAAGGGAAGAAUUCACCCACGCAUCGUGGACUUCGGGGCAGCUUUUCUACUGAACGACGACAAGCCUUAUCUUUCACCGAACAAAUUCACGUUGGAGAUGUUGAAACAACUGCGUCCAAUGAGUGAACAACUAGCCCCCGAAAUUUUCGAGUUUGCCUCUCGUUCGGCAGCACUGGACGUCUACAGCCUGGGGUUUGUCUUUGGCGAUAUGGCGAGGCGAGCCAAGGUGUUGGGUUUGAGAGACUUAGCGGCACACUGCAUGGCAGACGACCCAACACGGCGGCCAUGUUUACCUGACGUCAUUGGACACCUGAAGAGACUGCUGAAGGAGGAGAAGCAGCGCAGACUGGCGACUUUUCAUCGCAGCGUAGCCUGA